AUGUUGGUGUUAUUCGAGACGGCAGCUGGUUAUGCUAUGUUUAAACUUCAUAAUGAGAAAAAGCUAAAGAAUGUGGAUAAUAUUUAUGAUGAGUUCAGCACAGCGGAAAAGGCGCAAGAGAAUCUCCAACUUGUUGCCUUCAAAAAGUUCAAGAGCACCGCAGAUGCUGUUGAAUGUGCAAGUUCUCUUCAUGAUGGAAAAAUGAACAAAACGCUAAAGAAACUACUUAAAGGAAAAGUCGAUGAGAACGAGCAGCUUGCUGUUGGUGAUGCGAAGUUAGGGAAUCUGAUCAAGGAGAAGCUAGAAGUGCCAUGUGUGCACUCUCCAGCUGUGGCAGAGCUCAUGCGCAGUAUUCGAUCCCACAUUGAUUCGUUGUUGGGCGAGCACAAGGCUGAGUUGAACGCAAUGAAUUUGGCUGUGGCUCACUCUCUCGGUAGGUAUAAAGUGAAGUUUAAUCCGGAAAAGAUCGAUACAAUGAUUGUGCAGGCUGUUUCGCUAUUGGACGAUUUGGACAAAGAGCUAAACAAUUACGUUAUGAGGUGUCGGGAAUGGUACGGGUGGCAUUUCCCAGAACUAGGAAAAAUUGUGCAAGACCACCAGGCUUUCGCUAAGGUUGUUAAAGCUAUAGGGAUGCGGCAAAAUGCGGCGACUACCGAUCUCUCCGAAAUUCUUCCUGAGGAACUGGAAGCAAAGGUGAAAGAAGAAGCGGACAUAUCGAUGGGUACGGACAUUUCCGAUUUGGAUCUCAUUCAUAUUCGUGGAUUAUGCGACCAAAUCAUCGAGUUGUCUCAGUACAGGGCACAACUGUUCGAUUACCUGAAAAACAGAAUGACUGCUCUUGCCCCAAAUCUCACUUGCUUACUGGGUGAACUAGUUGGCGCUCGACUCAUCUCUCAUGCUGGAUCUCUUGUUUCACUGGCGAAAGCCCCUGCUUCGACUGUACAAAUUCUUGGUGCUGAAAAGGCUUUGUUCCGUGCUCUGAAGACGAAGAAAGACACUCCUAAAUACGGACUGAUUUACCACGCUCAGUUGAUUACGCAGGCUCCAGCAAAGCUUAAAGGAAAGAUGGCGCGGAAACUUGCAGCCAAGUGUGCACUGGCAACGCGUAUCGAUGCUUUGGCAGAUGAGUCCAAAGGUGCAGAAAUAGGACUGGAGUGUAGAGCAGCUUUAGAGGCAGUUUUGCGGGGAGAGCAAGAACGGGGUCCCAAGAAGAUUAGUGGCGGCUCUCAUAAGCAUGAAAAAUAUCAUUUCAAAAGUGAGACAUUCGAAUACGACAAUGCAAACGAUGUGCCAAAGAAGCCCUUGAAACGAAAGUAUGAGGAUGAUGAAGAGAAUACAGCUUCUAAGAAACCAAAGGUUGAACCCAACGACGAGGAGACAGUCCCCAGGUCCGAAAAAAAGAAAAAGAAGGAAAAGAAGGUGAAAAGGGACGAAGCUGAAGAUGAGGAAGAGUAG